AUGGAUACCAACACAAACAAAAAACAAAACAACAACAACGACGAACUAAGGGAGUGGGAUGAGGACUCGGACUCCGAGUCCGUGUCCAGCGAGGGGGAUGCGGGGGGUCUUAAGCUCCCCCGCAACAAGAAGGACCACCGGGCCGACGCCUUCCUCAAGAGGAGGAGGGAAGACCCCGGGUCCUCCUCUGGUGGUCGCGGGGCCUCGGCCAAAAAGGUCGCCAGGAGGCCCGUCAGCGAAGGGUCCGCUAGGGCUUCUGGGGGUGGCGGAGGAGCGGCUCAUCGGAGCUCCUCCUCCGAGGAGGAGUCGGCCAUCGGCUCCGACCGGGAGCGCAGGGCGGACUUCGAGAAGACGGUGGAGUCCGCCAUCAGGCAGGUGGCCUUAAAGAGAAAAAAGGCCAGCAAAGACGGCGCCAUUGAGGCCGCCACCGCCUCCAUCACCGCCGCAGCGGUGAGCAACUUUGGCCGGGCUCCCGUGAGCGAGCUGGCCAAACUGCAGCAGGAGGUGGGUCGUCUGACGGCCGCCCUGGAGUCUCUUGUGGAGGAGAACAGGAGUCUCCGGGCGGAGCUCGCUAAGAUGCGCGAGCAGGGGGCGGAGCGCGGUGGGGCCAGGCAACAGGCGCAGACUGCGCCGGCUGAGAGCCAGAUCCUGGCCCUAGUCCGUCAGGAGAUGGCGGCCUUCCAGGCUCGCUUCUCAGUCCUGGAGGGCAGGGUCCUGCGCCCCCCCCUCGCGGCGUCGAAGCCCCCAGCGGCCCAAAGGGCCUCCUAUGCGGCCGCGGUUGCAGCGGCACCCCCACCCAGAAGGGGACCGCCGAGCAAGCCCCCUGUCGCGGCGCCGAACGGACCGACCAGGAGGGCGCCCGCUCAGCCAAAGCCCAAGACCGCAAGGGCGGUCCAGGCGCAGAGGCCCCCGGUGCCACCGUCAGCACCGGCUCCGUCGUCGGCACCAGUGGCGAAACGCCCUCCAAAGCCGACACCGUCUGCGGCCCCUACCUCUUCUGCCACUGAGUCUGAGUGGCAGGUGGUGGGGGAAAAGAAAAAGAGGCGGAGGGCGGCCAAAGCGGCCAAAAAGAAGGCCCAGAAACAGCGGCGCAGGGAGCGAGCCGCCGCGGCGAAACUCCGCGCCCCCAAAACCGCGGCUGUAGUAGUCACACUACAGCCGGACGCGGUCAAAAGGGGCGUGUCGUACCGCGACGUGCUCGCCCAAGCAAAGGAGGCGGGUGACCGCAACGGGCGCCCGAAUGCUGGAGGUCCCAGGAGCGGCCAGUGGGCCCGCCGCAGACGCUCUAGCCGAGAGGCUUAG